AUGGCCUGCCGCUUCGCCGCGUACGAGUCGACCUUUACGUGCACCGCAUGCGCGACCAGCACUGACUGCUGCCUCCUCGACCGCCACUGCGCGCAGAGCGUGAGCUACGCCUUUGGCGCCGUCGCCGUUGUCACGGACCAAAUCGAGCUCGUGCACUCGCUGCCACCCAACGUCGACACCAUCGUGUUUCGCGGCAACGGCUUGCGGCAAUUUGGUCUUGCGACCGAUGCCGCCGCCCUCACACGCGCCCGCACCACGCAGCUGUCCAUCAUCGGCAACCCGAGUUUGCGCGAGAGCGUGUUUUUGCCGAGCGGCCUGCAAGUGCUCAACAUGAGCCAGACGGCGCUGGACCGUGCC